UCUCUCUCUCUCUCUUAUUUAUGCUCUGCUGACUACACCGACCAACUCUCUCUGCAGAAAGACUGAUGAACAGAAUGAGUUUCCUCUUCCUCUUCUUCUUCUUCGUAUUACUCUCAUCUUUCAACAAUGUUUCUGAUGCCAGCAAGAUCACGACCAACCCAUUCACGCCCAGAGCCUCCAUGAUCCGCCACUGGAACAAGCAAAUCUCUAACAGUAUACCAACACCGGUUUUCCUUCUCUCCAAAGCGUCUCCGCUCAAUGCAGCAAACGCCGCCGUUUUCACCAAACUCGCCGAGCAAAACUCGCUGUCUUCGCACCUCUACUCCUUCUGCUCAUUAGCCAACUUGUUCUGUGCCUUUGACGACUCAACCGCAGCCUUGACCAAAAAGGACGACACCAGAGACGCCGACUUCGCUGGCUACUCCAACAACCGCUUCGCCAACUACGGCUCGUCCCGGCAAGGCGGCGUUGACUCGUUCAAGAACUACUCUGACGGGUUGAACAACCCGAACGACUCGUUCAAGAAGUACAGCGGAGCCUCAACUGGCCACGGCGAAGCAUUCGCUAACUACGCCAACGAAGCAAACGUUGCUGACUCCAACUUCACCAGCUACGGCGCCGGCGCCACGGGCGGAUCUGGCCAGUUCACCAACUACGACAAGCUCGUCAACGUCCCCAACCUCCGGUUCACCUCCUACGACUCCGACGCUAACAACCACAAACUCUCUUUCACAACCUACAGCGACGAAACCAACUCCGGCGCUCAAGAGUUCGUCAGCUACGGCAAGAACGGAAACGGCGGCCCCAGCGAGUUCAACAGCUACGCCGGCAACUCUAACACUAUUGGCUCCGGAUUCACAGGCUACGGCGAGUCAGGUAAUGGCGCAAACGAUUCGUUUAAAGCGUACGGUGAAUCAGGCAAUAACCCACGUAGCAAUUUCAAGAACUAUGGCAAUGGAGGGAACGCGGGGAUCGAUAGCUUCUCAAGCUACAGAAAUGGAGCAAACGCGGGCGCCAAUUCUUUCCAAUCUUACGGUAAGAUUGCCAACUCCGGUCAACUGAGUUUUGCAAGCUAUGGAAAAUCGUUCAACCAUGGAAAAGACACGUUCAAAGAGUAUGGCAAAAGAUCGAUGGGUCAGACCACGAUAGAAUUCAAAUCUUAUAGCGUGGACCGUACAUUCAAAGAAUAUACCAAUAAGGGUGUCACAUUUUCUGAGUACAGCAAUAUCAGCACCGCAUCAGCAGGUUCUUUGCGCAAGAGUGGCAGUUCUGUAAAUAAAUGGGUAGAACCGGGCAAGUUUUUCCGGGAGGCUAUGUUGAAGGAAGGGAAUGUUGUGGUGAUGCCCGACAUUAGGGACAGGAUGCCUAGAAGGUCGUUUUUGCCACCGUGGAUUUUGUCCAAAUUACCAUUCUCGACCAACCGUCUGUCGGAGCUCAAGGAAAUUUUCCACGCGCGAGAGAGUUCGGUAAUGGAGCGCGUGUUUGUAAACGCGCUGGCCGAGUGCGAGAGGGGUCCGAGCCAGGGUGAGAACAAGCGGUGCGUGGGGUCGGUGGAGGGCAUGCUAGACUUCGCCGUCUCGGUCUUGGGCAACAAUGUGGUUGUGAGGACCACAGAAAAUUUGAACGGGUCAGAUCAAAAGGUGAUGAUCGGGACGGUCAAAGGGAUCAACGGUGGAAGAGUGACGAAAUCGGUGUCAUGCCAUCAGAGCCUGUACCCUUACCUAUUGUAUUACUGUCACUCUGUGCCCAAAGUUAAGGUGUACGAGGCUGAUAUUCUUGACGUGAAAACCAAGACCAAGAUCAACCAUGGUGUUGCCAUCUGUCAUAUUGACACAUCAGCUUGGAGCCCAAACCACGGGGCCUUCGUGGCACUGGCGUCCAGCCCCGGACAAAUUGAAGUGUGCCACUGGAUCUUUGAGAACGACAUGACGUGGGCUGUCGCUGAUUGAGUACCAAAUAUUCCUUGGUUUAAUUUCAUGUUUCAUUAAAGUUGAUCAUGACAUUAUUCUCAUGAAUCAUUGCUAAUAUCUUAAUUAUAGCAAUUAAUGUCAUAAUUACCUUUUACCAA